UAAAUACGAACGAAGACAAAACGUACGCGCGUGGAGUGAAACUUUUGAGCCGGCAGCUUUUUAAUUCAGUGAACUUAAAGUGUUUUCAAUAGUUACAUAUUAUAAUUCGAAACAAGAUGAAUUAUAACUUAUAAAGAAAUAGGUUUUUUGUGAUGAAAACGGAUUUUGUGUCGAAUACAUAAGUGUUUCAUUAAAAACAGCAUUACAAGAGCUAAGAAAAGACAAUAAAGCAAAAGCUUUAUCUCGUUACAACUAAUUAUUACAAAGGAUAUGGUUUCAAAAACAUUACAAAACAAAGAAUAAUUUAAGGCAGCUGAAGCGGAAUAAAGAAACUGGUUAGCCGAAAGCGGCGAUUGUGAUAUGGGGGAACGGGGCGCAACGGGGGGCGCUUGGGGUGCGCGCGACGAUGCCUCGUGGUGGCCGGGUGGCUCUGGUGAAUUACAGCACCAACAACAAUUAAAUGAAGAAAUUGCUAGAAGUACAGCUACUGUCACUCAUCAAUUAUAUUCAUACAAAAUGACGGGCGGUUUUUCAAACACUGGUGGCGAUAGUACAUCGUCCCCAGGUUUUGACUAUCGUUUAAUGACUGGUACCAAUAAUAGGGAAGAAUCUCCCCAACAACCUUGGUGGUACGCUUCGGGAUCGGUAGAUUCCCAACAGACUUCUUCGCCUACGGGGCAAAAUCAAUCAAGUCCUGAUUCUGAUCAAAGCAACCAGCAAGCCAACGGUAUUCAACAAAAUCAUCAACAAGCUUUACAACAACAAGCUCAAGAGCAACAUCAAAUCCAACAAAAUCAAUUACAACAACAGCUGCAACAACAGCAGCAGCAACAGCAAAGCUUGCAGCAAGCCUUACAGCAGCAAAAUCAAAAUUUACAACAGUCUCUACAACAACAACAACAAAAUCAACAGCAAACUUUACAACAAAUGCUGCAGCAACAACAGCAACAGCAGCAGCAGCAGCAACAGGUCGACCAACAGAACAAUCAACAAAGUUUGCAAUUACAAGUGAGUCAAGCACAGGCUCAGGCAAUUGUGCAAGCGCAGGCAGCACUGCAGCAACAAGUGGCUCAAUCAUUGCAACAACAGCAGCAAAGUCUGCAGGAACAAAUACAAGUGGCUCAGCAACAACAAAUUCAGGCUGCACUUCAGAGGCAAUCUGCUACCUUGCAGGAAUUACAGCAACAAGCGCAACAGCAGGCUCUGUUAGCUCAAGCCACCAACAAGGGUAGGAUGCCUCGGGCGCGGGCGAACAACAAGCCGCGCGGCCGGAUGACCGCCUACGCCUUCUUCGUGCAGACCUGCCGCGAAGAGCAUAAGAAGAAACAUCCCGAAGAGAACGUUAUUUUUGCCGCGUUCUCUAAGAAAUGUGCUGAGAGGUGGAAUACAAUGUCAGAGAAGGAAAAGCAGAGGUUCCAUGAGAUGGCGGAACAAGACAAGAAGCGGUACGACCUGCAGAUGCAGAACUACGUGCCGCCCAAGGACGUGAAGGUGCGCGGGCGCAAGCGGGCGCAGGUCAAGGACCCCAACGCGCCCAAACGAUCGCUGUCAGCGUUCUUCUGGUUCUGUAACCAUGAACGUUCAAAAGUGAAAGCCAACAAUCCGGAAUACACGAUGGGAGACAUCGCCAAAGAGCUCGGCAAACGCUGGGCGGCUGCAGACCCUGACACCAAGUCCAAGUAUGAAGCGCUCAGCGAGCAGGACAAGGCGAGGUAUGACAGGGAAAUGACCGCCUACAAAAAAGGACCUCUAGCACUAGUCCAACAACAACAGCAGCCGGAACCCGAGGAAGAAGUGGGUGAUUUUGAAGCUGAUGAUGAGUACAAGUAAAUAAGAUAUUGUUAUUGUAUGUAAAAGCCCUGUUAUAUUUAGAGAUCAUGUGGCAGGACCAACUGAAAGUUUGCUUGACUAAAUGUAUGAAGCGGAGUUUAAAUUAGGUUCUACACUUGUUAUAUUUCUGGUAACCAGUUUGUCUGUCACAUAUAAUUAUGGGACAGGUUGCAUCAUAGACAAGAAGACAUUAGGAUUUUUUUUUUAAAUACGGGUCCACCUGUUUUAAUUUUAGAAAUGACAAAAUUCCUAAUUUAAAAUAAUAAAUUAACAGAUAAAUUGUUUUAGGUUUAUAUUUUAAGGGUGAUAGCAGGUGAUGCCCAAGUAUUAGUAUAUCAUUUGUUUUUUAAAUAUUGUGACCUCGUAAUAUUUUAUUGGAUUUUUGUAUGAAUGAAAUAUCUCGAAUAAUAACAUUUCAUAUGAUUCUCUAAUAGAGAUCUGAUUUCAUGAAGAUGUAAAGAUUAUUGUUUGGAUUAGUUGUAAUCUGUCGAAAUAAUAUGGUUGUGCCGAUUUUUAAACUGAUACAUUGGAUGUUUUAUAUUACGUCACAGUUAUGAUUUCGUAGUGGGAGUAUGAUAUCACACUUUACUUCCAACAAUAGCUUUAUUAUUACUAUACUUUUACUAAAUUAAAAUAUAUAUUUUUCUAUUAAUAGGUGCUUUUAUUACUAAAAUCGUUUAAAAUUGACUACUUUCAAAAUGGUAGUUGUUACCUUGAGCUUUAAUUUUUGACAUUUGGUAAAGGAUUGUGGUGUACUAUCGAAGUACAAUAACUGACGGGCGAAUUUAUUUAAAUUCGUUCCGAAAGACAUUAUAACGCAAGCCCAUUAUUAGCUAGUAAUUUAAAUUUUAAAAAUCAAUAAAAAAAUGGUUUUGGAUUAAGCACAUUUUAUUUGGUAAAUAAAUAAAAGAUUUAUAACGUUAUUCUAUUGAAUUAAUAAUACUCUUUUUUUUAAAAUACGACCGUUUCUUGUUUUGGCCCAGUAUGAUAAACCUCAAUAAUUUAACUACAAUUUUGGAUGAUUGCGUAUAAAUGAUUAUACAUAUAGACCUUGUGUAAUACAUGAUUAUUAUUAUAAAAAUAUAAGCGACAAGUGUGAUAUGAUACAAAAACUCUUUAAAAACUCAUUAUUUCAUGGUAUUAGUUAUUUGAAUUAUACAAUAUUAUAUUAUUUUAAAUGUUGAGAACAAUAUUCUCAAUGAUGAUAACCUUGAAGUAUUGUGGUGUUACCAUCCUUAAUGUGUAAUAAAGUGAUGUUGCCUUAUAUUUUCGACGUGGCAAUACAUAGUUUUAGUCCGAUCAAAGUGUUAGUCAUUUGAGGUUACGUAAGUAAUUAUAAGCAGUUCUCAAGUGAAAAAUAAAGUAUGAUCUAAGGAAUGCACGAGUGAAUAAUAAUUUGUAACAUGUAUCUUUAAACUGUACAUAGUUAAUUAGUUACCUAGAUAAUUUACAUUUCUUUAUAUUUUUAGGUUGUUAUGGUUAAAUUUUUAAUAUGUUUGAAGAAAAUUAUAAAUAUCACAUAGGAGAUUUAUAAAGCGAUGUUUAUUUAAACUAAAUUCGUUUUAUGUAUUAAUAAUGUUUGUUUUAUAUGAAAAAAAAAAUGAAAAUAAAAUUAAAUAAACAAGUGUACAUAAAGAACUGCAAGAACGUGAUAGUACUUAAAUUUUAAGUGUAAUUGAUUAAAGUAUUGUAUAUAUAGUGUAGACGUACCUCAAGACACCUCUUACCAUAUUAAUAAUUUGAUUGUUAUUUUUUGUCGUAUCGACGUUACCACAGUCGAUAGAGAUGGUUGGGGACAAAAUUACACUUAAAAAAGUUGAAUUUAUAUAAAAAUAUAAACAUCGAUUUUUCUCUACGUAUAUAUAGGAUUGGCCUUUACUAUAGUGUCUCAGAUGAGUGGUUUGUUCUCGAUGCUGUCUUCUUCCUUCGAAUAUCAAAUUUAUGAUAAAAAAAUAAUAAAGAGGUUGUUUUUUUUUUAAUAAAAAAAGCGAAUUUGAUCUGCAUGUUUGUAACGUUAGACUGCAGCAAGUGUUGCCAUGCACCAACAUGAUUAAAAAAUGUAUAAAAUUACGAGAUACAUAAAAUAUGAAAAAUUAAAGUUGUGCUAUUUUGUCCCCCACUUGCUCUGUUGUGACGUCUCGCGACAAGAUGGCGUGGUCUAGUUAUGUUUGGCGAAUGUUUUAGUAACAGAGGAAUUGUGGAGAAAUUACGAAAAACAGUUUAAACUUUUAUAAAUUAAAAUUUGUAUAUAUUUUGUUUAUAAUAACGAAGUCUUUAUAUAAAUUUUAUUUUUAAUUUAUAAAAUAUUAAAAUAAAACAUGAAGUGAAAAUUCAAGGAAACUCAAUUCUUGUUAAUAAUCUCAUAUAAGCUUUAGCUAUUUUAAACUUCCGUCGAUUUUUUUUCUUUUGGAGAUUAUAGCACAAAGACUAAAGUAAUAAAAAGAAAAAAAAGUCUAAAACAUAAAUUAAUUAAAUAUAGUUUAAAUUUUUGAUCAUUGUCUUAUAUCAAGGUAUGCCUUGAUAUAAGACAAUAUAACAUAAGUAAAAAAAAUACGUUAAUAUGUUUAGCGCUGCACUGUAAAGUGAAGUCAUAGACCCAUAGAGUUCUAUGAUUACAACGAAAUAUUUUGCAAUAACAUAAAAAUGUGAAUGUAUGUAUAUGUCAAUUGGAUCAAAACUGAUAUUUUUAUAAGUAUCUAUAGAGAUUCCUAUGUUUUUUAUUUUUCAAAGGUAAGAUGGUGUUAACUUUUAUAUAUGAAAACAAAAACGUUUAAGGUAAGCGUGUAAUGAGGCAACAUUGUUUUGAAUUUUGUGAUCUGUACAAAACAAUAUAGUAAA